UCCUCCCAGCCCGCCGGUCCUCCAACGUCCCGGCAUUCAUUCCCUGUGGCGGGUGUAAGAUGGCGGCGGUGAUGCCCAUGAUGGGGCGGAUUGAUGGCGGCUCGCGCUGCUGCUCCAACCGCCACCCCGACUGGAUGUGUGAGGAAGUCAGCACCGGGACUACUAUUAUGGCGGUGGAGUUUGAUGGUGGGGUAGUGAUUGGUGCAGAUUCAAGGACCACAACCGGAUCGUACAUUGCGAACAGGGUGACGGAUAAACUGACUCCUAUUCACGACCUGAUCUUCUGCUGUCGAUCAGGCUCAGCGGCUGAUACCCAGGCCAUUGCUGACGCGGUCACCUACCAACUCGGCUUCCACAGCAUUGAACUUGAUGAACUUCCACUGGUGCAGACGGCUGCCAAUUUGUUCAAAGACAUGUGUUACAAAUACCGGGAGGAGCUAAUGGCGGGGAUCAUUGUUGCCGGUUGGGAUCAAAGAAAUGGUGGACAGGUGUACACAGUCCCGAUGGGCGGCAUGAUGGUACGGCAGCCCUUCUCCAUUGGUGGCUCGGGAAGCACCUACAUCUAUGGUUAUGUUGACUCCAGCUACAAGCCGGGGAUGACAAAGGAUGAGUGUUUGGACUUUACAAUGAGAGCGCUGGCGUUAGCCAUGGACCGUGACGGAUCGAGCGGGGGGGUGGUCCGCUUGGCGGCGAUUACCCAGGGGGGAGUGGAACGCAAAGUUGUGUCCGGGGGUCAGCUCCCGCGCUUCCCGUUAGCGUGAAGAUCUGCCCUACAUCCGUGGCCUUGAAGGUUCACGCUCCGCUCCUGCAGUGUGCAGCGCUGUUCAAUCCCAGCUUGAGACAACAUCUUGAAACAGACGGCAAAUAAACUGCCAGCGGUGCUGAGCGUGAGUGUUGUGUUCAAUAAAUCACCCGAUUCACAA